AUGCAACGAUAUGGAGAGAUGUACCCUAAGCAUCAGCUCCCUAGACGCCAGCUUCUUGCAAAUGAAGUAUUUCAUAAAGCCGACGUGGCCAAGAGGACAUCAACUCUUAUAAAGGAAUUAGAACUGCUGUAUCCAGAAGGUAAAGCAAUGACUGAACUGAAGAAUAAAGAUUUGCUGAGUCUACUGGACUUCAUUCCACCAGUUCACCAUCAUUUUUAUAAGCACUUGCGGACAGCUGUUGCAAAGCCUGCAAAUGGCGCUCCUGUUGAAAAGGAAUGUAGAAAUGUGUUAACUGAAUCUGCUAGAAUUGCUCGGGGCAAUGUCAAGCCUUUAAAUUUGCUUAAUGAAUCAUGUGCUGAUGCCAUUGUUUUUCCUGGAGGGUUUGGUGCUGCCAAAAACUUGAGUGACUUUGCAUUGAAAGGAGCCGAUUGUUCCGUUAAUGAUGAUGUUACGAGAGUUCUGAAGGAAUUCCAUAAAGCCAGGAAACCUAUUGGAUUGUGCUGUAUUGCUCCUGUUUUAGCGGCCAAGAUACUGGGAAAUGUUGUUCUGACAUUGGGAAAAAAAGAUGGUGAAUGUUGGCCACAUUCAGGAGCAAUCGAACAGGCUGAGAAGAUGGGUGCAAAAAUGGAGUUCAAGAAUGUGGAUGAAAUCGCGGUUGAUACCAAAAAUAACAUAAUAACAACUCCAGCAUUUAUGUUUGAAGGCAAAUUUCAUGAAAUAUAUGAUGGGAUUGGAUUAAUGAUUAAAGAAUUAGUUUGUCGAAUUAAGUGAAUGUAUGUGUAUAUGAUAAAAAAAAUGUUUGUAAUUAGUUCACAUAUGUGAAUUAAACUAUUGUUUUUCAAGGAAGCAAUAAAUAAAUUUUUCCUUAUACAUCUUGUUUUUGAAAAUGUGUUGUUUAUUUAUGAUGUUUUAUACUUUACAUUUCAUCAUACAGAGAUUUUUUUUUAAACAUUUUUACAUUAUAUUUUUAUAUUAUCUACAAAAUUCAACAACAAUAACAACAAAAUAACAAUUGUAUAAUGUAGUCUGUAUCAUUGAUAUAUCCCUUUUAAUUAAAGCAGUCUGUGCAUUGAUUCCACUAUUUUCAACAAUUUUUAGUUGCAUGUUGCAUUAUUAAAAUGGUAAAAUGAUAUCUCUCAAAAAAUAAUCAUUUAUCAAGAAACAUCAAUAACUACAAUGCAUAAUGCUUCUUCAGUCGGUUUGUGUUUUCCUGUAAUUCUUUUUUCAGACAUUGAGAUACAAGUAUUGCAUCCCAUGCAGCAUGUUUUAUUGAGGAUCUGGAAAUUGAAUCAUCACUCAAAUUUGUCAAUUUAUGAGAUACAUACUUUUACAAUCUUAAUAACAGUUCAAUUUUUCUUGAGGUGCAAUUGGUAGGCUCUUUAUUAGUGAGAAAAGUCAGUUAAUUUCUGGAAAGAUUAUGAUAAUUAUUCAUGGUAUUAAUUAUUCAUUAUAUGUACACAUCUUUCAUGAACUACGCACUUUGAUAUUAUUGUAAUUUUUAUCAGAUACUUGUUAAGAAAAGCUAGUAAGGUAAGGUUGAAUAAUUUCUUACAUUAUAGUGUGUGAUCGAGACUUUCUUUAUUUUUUUUUUUUUUCUGUUUGUUACUAAGCUCAAAAUCUUCAGAUUAUAGUGGCCCUUAAAUUCAUUUUUUUCUCCUAAAAAUACAUGCUUUUUCAGAAAUAACCACUUACUCUCUGUAGCGCAGUGUUGUUAAAGUAUCAAAUUGGUUGUAUAAACAUUUUUUACAUUAGGAAAUACAUUUGAUACUCAUACCUUCUCAUUAGCACCCAAAUGCAGUGUCAGAUGAUAUUUAAUUGUCUUUGAAAAUUGCGAUUUUGCACUUUUUGGGUACAUUUUUACAGUAACCCUGAAUCAUUAAUGACUUCCACUAAAAUCUCUUUAAAAUAGACAAGUUUAUUACUGUGCCCUUAUACUACUCGGAAAUGUGGAGUUGACAUUGAUUUCUCUUAUUGGUCUGCAUCCAUCUCAGUAUGAGAUUGUUUUGUUACAAAAAUAAUACAUUAUUUAGAAUUCAAAAAAUUAUUUUCAUUGCACUAUAAUACAUAUCAUUACAUACUUCAUCGUGCUUACUCUAUACCAAUUUCUUAGAUUUUUGUAAUGUAUGUGGGUAUUGUUUAAUAUAAAGUUUCAAUUAUAAGAAUAUUGUUUGAAUAAUAUUCUGUGUUAGUGGAAUGAAAACUUAAGAAAUUGUGUUGGGUUUGAAAUUCUUUUCUCUACAGAAUACAACUUUUCAACCAAUGUUUUAGACUUCUGCUUUGCCAUUUAUUUUAUAAUAUCCCAUAUGCCUCUCUUUAAAUAAAUGUAUUCUGGUAGUAUGAUUGUUUUCUUAUUGAUUUUUGUUUUGGGAUUGUGAAUUGAUUUUAAGUAUUUUAAUGAGUUCAAAAUCAUUGUAGAGAAAAGGGAAGAGACCAUUUUGCAGAGGCUUAUUUUUUGAAAACAAAUUGUUGGAUACAUUUGUAUACAUUUAUUUUUGCUACUCUUAAUUUUUUCUUGUGUGUUAUAUGUUUAUGUUAAGAAUAUGGUGAUGAAGUAAUUUAGUACAAGAAAAUCUGAGAGAUGUUGAGAAAAUACAUAACAGGAACAUCUGGUUUGUCCAGGGCUUCAGACUAUAUAAUAUUUUUGUCCUUCUUUGAAAAAUACAAUGUAAUCUUAUAAAUUAUCUGUUUCAUUUGAUGAAGAUAAAUCAAUUAUGAGUUCUCCAUGUAAAAGAAAAAUAUUCAAAUGUUCAUGUAAUGACAAAAACAUGUGUAUAAAUUUAAUUUUAUAAGUCAGAUAAUGGAGGUUCAACUGUAAUAUUUUCUAUUUCUAAAACAACUUCGCUGAUUAGAUAAGUCUCUGCAUAAUGAAAACAGGCUCGCAAAAUGAAUGGAAAUUUUUUUUGAAUUCAUCUUUUUUAUUCAUACUUGGGUAUGCUAAUUUAAAACAUAAUAAUAUGUCGCUCUCGUCUCAGGAUUUCUCUCAAAGUUAAUGCUUCAAUUGUCUGUUUGCAUUUGUCAUACACCAGGGUAUAUAUUUUUACAAGUUUUCAAAAGAGGGACAUUACUUGGUAACUUCUUGUUCUGUGAAUGUUUCAAAUUACACACACACACACACAAAUUAGUCACAUCAGCCUAUGUGGUAAUUUGAGAUUAUUAUAGUGCUCAUUCUUGUGCUUAAAUAGUUUUAUUUGAACGUCUGUUGGUAGCAACAAUAAAGAAGCUAGUUCAGGCACAGUGGAAGUUUAUUCCCCUCCUCAUUCGCAAACUUAUGAAUUUUCAUAGUAAAUCUUUCAAUUUGUGGUAUAUUUGUAAUUUUUAAUUUUGUUUAUUCGAUAAUUGUUUAAUUUGUAAUGAUUUUAUACCUCGUGGUAUGUUUUUAAUAUGAUAGUAAUUAUAUCUCAGUGGUCAUUUAAACUUCCAAGUUAACUGUGUAAUAUAAUUGAACUGUUUUAUGCAUUGAUUGAUGUUUAUUAUGCAAUUAUUGCAAUAGACUGAUUGGAACUAUUAUCUUUUUUUAUUUGUGUUUCUAAAUGGCAGUGUAUAUUUUUCUAAUGAAGGAGAGUUGUAAUAGUGGGAAUCCACAACUGUAGAACUACCUCUAGAAGCGAAUUGAUUAAAAUUCUAUGAUUUAUUCUUAGUCACCACUGUCUUUUAGUUUUCUGUAUACCUUCAGAGGGAGGGGGGUUUAGGGCCUCACACUGAUUGAACACUAAGAUUAACAAUUGUUUUAUAUUUGAUUUUAGUGUACCUUGAUAUUUUACCCAAACAAUAGUAGCAAUAUGUAUUGUGAUUUGUGAGUUACGAUCAUAUCAUAUUCCAAUCAUAACGUUGGACUCCUGAAACAGGAAGUUUUUGCUUAAUGUUGAAUCAUUUGUAAGUGUUUCCUCACAAAUAGAGCUUGACAAAUGUAACUAAUAUUAUCAAAUAAAUUACAGCAAUGUCUUGUUGUCAUUUUGAUACCUAAAUAAGUUUGACAACAGCAAUUGCAAGUGUUUUGGUGAGAUUUUAAUAAACUUAAUAAACCAGAAAAACUCCUUAUAUUUCAGAAAAACAAAUUUCUAACAGAACAUUGAAUAUACUUUAGAAUGUCAAAGAGAUGUAGUUUCAACCAAGAUGACAAGACUUCAGUGUUACAUUAGUGGCUGCACACUAACAAUAUAUAAAUAAUAAAGUUGUACUUUUUUUGGGGGGAAAAAGAAAAAAAGCCAGGAUGCCAAUGACAUGAAUAUAAAAUUUCGUGUUUUUGCAGGCAUGACAAUAAUAUGCUUCUUAGUGAAAAACACUUGUUUAAUUAUUGUUACUUAAUACCUUUUAAUUAUUUGGAAAGUGUGAUCUUAAAAUUCCAUGUUUCAUUGUAGACAUGGAUAUUGAAGCAGUAAUUCAAUUUUAUGUGUGCCAGCAGACUUAGAUAUUACUUUCACAUUCUAUUUACGUGACAGUAGCAUGUGCUUCUUUACUGCAUGAUUUGAAGGAAGAUGAAAGAUCUAGACUUAUUUAACGAAUCAGUUUAUGUAUAAUUUUGCUGAUGUUUAAUUUUAAAUUUGUUUGGUUAGAUCUUAUAAUUGCUGUUAAUUUAUAAAUACAUGUUCCUAAUAUCUGUUUUCACAUGUAGAAUUAACUGCAAAGCAUUGAGGAAACAUUGAACCAUCAAGUGCUGAUUGUUUUCAGUAGUACACAUUUUUAAUUAAAAAUUUGUGGAAAUAUAUUUUGAGUAGUCAAGCUUUUAAAUUAAAAAUGAUUGAAAUUUGCUAACAUCUCUGUUAUCUUUCCUAUUGUUACUUUAUCAAACUAUCACAAACUUGAAAAGUUAGUUGGAUCCUGAUGCUCUGCCAGUAAUUAUUUUCUGUUUCUGUUAUUGACGAUUUAAUUGUAUUUGGGUGGCAUAAUGCACACAUGAAGAUUUUGAUCUUAUACCAUGAAAUCUUUAUUUUUAUAUUUAGCAUGCAUAUUUACAGAAAGUGUUUUAUUAUUAUUUUCGCUCUUAUUUGUUCACUUAUUUUUCUGUUCCUUUGAUAAUUGCUGAAUUCCUUAAGGUUCACAUUCUUCUAAGAUAAAGAAGAUUUAAUGGAAUUCAUGUAUGCUGUUGUUAGAUUAAAAUGUACUGUUACUCACAAAUCAAAUCACUUGUUUCAGGAACAGCACAUGAAUACAUACUUGUACUUCAUAUGAAUAAAGACUAUGUCUCUCCAUAAUAGUUCUGUUAAUAUUCAGGUACAAAGCCUAUUCUUUCAUCAGUAUUGACAAAAACGAACCAAUUCUGCUUUUGUUAUUUUUAACGCUUUUCAGCUGUUUAGGUAAUAUCAUUAUGAUAUGUGUUUACGAGCUCUUCUCAACAGAAAGGAGCAAAAUAUGUUUUUUACACCAUUGUAAAUACAUUAGGCAAGGGAAAUACAGACUUAUUUUUAACAUUUAUAUCAUUUAUUGUUAGAAAAUGAUUUCAGCUAAGUGCUAUGAGUGGUUCAUGCAAGUCUUUCAGUGCAGAAGUGGGUAUUUUAUUUUUUUGUUUUUUGAGUUUUCCUUUCUGAAGUUGAAUUAGCUUUCUCUUGCCUACUGAAAGCUUCUUUAAUAUUUUUUCCUC